CAAUAGAAAAAUGGGCCCAAUUUCAUAUUUCCCAGUGCUAGUCGAGUCCACAGUGUGUACCCGCAAUGGCUCACGUCGUUCGGCCGCUAAUUCAAUGGCCCUGGUGUUGCCGCCACCACUCCAUGGUCACUCGCCUCCUCAGCCUCCGUUCUUCUCCAACACGCGCCAAUGGCGGUUUUCCAUUCCUUGCGUUCUUCUCGAACUCGUGCCGAGAAGUUCACACCAGCUCACGCGCUUUCAAAUUGCGCGACUUCAAUUCUGUCCCCGGCGGCGGCAGCAAGAACGACGAUGAGGCUUCCGACGCCGUUGAAGUGAAGAGGAGCCGGAACGAGAGGAAGCGUGAUGCUCGACGCGCUGUGCGGUGGGGUAUGGAGCUUUCGAGCUUCUCUACAUCUCAAAUCAAGCGCAUCCUCAGAGUGGCUGAUCUUGAGGAGGAGGUGUUUGAGGCUCUUAUGUUAGUGAAGGUGAUGAUAUUCAGUGUUUUCUUUGAUGUUGGCGUUAAACUAGGCCGUGAUGUUCGAGAAGGAAAGCGAAGACAAUUCAAUUAUAUAGGAAAACUGCUACGUGAAGUGGAGCCUCAACUUAUGGAUGGAUUAAUUCAGGCUACAAAAGACGGUGACCACAGAAUGUUUCAAAAUUUAUCAGGGUCCAAUACAGUGAUUGCUGAAGAUGUAGAAGAAGAAGAUGAAGAAGAAGAAGAAGAAAUUGCAUAUGAGUAUGACAAAGGGGAAUCUGUGGACAUUCAUGUUGUGACCAGAUGGUAUGAUGGGCUGAUAAAGAAGGAUAUUAGUAUUAUGAAUGAAGUUUAUUCACUUCGGGAAGUCGAGUUUGAUCGUCAGGAACUCCGGCAAUUGGUUCGGAAAGUUCACUCUACGCUUGAGCGUGAAGCCAGUUUGGAUGAAAAUGGAAAAUCAGAAGCUUUCACCAAAAAUGCAAGAAAAUCCCUCACCCAUUUUCUCCAAGGUCUUGCAAAGCAGCUUCCAGCUGAUUAGCGUGUAAGCCCGCCUUUCAUCAUGUAUCACUAUACAUAUUGUCAAAAUUUACGAUUAUUAUUAUUAUUAUUAUUA